AUGUCACAUGAUCGGAAUAUUGAGUUGGAGCACUUUGAGGAGAGAAGCCGGGGUCACCGAUCAUCUCGGCGUGGAAGUGGCGGUGGAGGAGGUGGAGGUGGCAGCGGCGGAGGAGGGGCGAACUCGCGUGGAAAUGGUUUACCAAGCCCUGCUCACAGUGCUCACUGCAGCUUAUACAGGACCCGCACUCUGCAAGCACUCAGCCAGGAGAAAAAAGCCAAAAAAGUCCGCUUUUACAGGAAUGGAGACCGCUAUUUUAAGGGGCUUGUGUAUGCUGUCUCUCAGGACAGGUUUAGGUCCUUGGAUGCUUUGCUGGUGGAACUGACUAAGUCUCUCUCAGAUAAUGUCAACCUGCCCCAAGGAGUCAGAUCCAUCUAUAGUAUUGAUGGAAACAAGAAGAUCACCAGCCUGGAUGAAUUGCUGGAAGGUGAAAGCUAUGUCUGUGCAUCCAAUGAGCCAUUCCGUAAAGUUGACUACUCCAAAAAUGUCAAUCCAAAUUGGUCUGUUAACAUCAAGACUGGAACGUCUCGCUCUCUGUCUUCACUAACAACAAGAGGUGAAGGAAAAGAGACCAAGGAUUUUAUCAGGCCUAAACUGGUGACGGUUAUCCGCAGUGGUGUAAAACCUCGCAAAGCAGUAAGGAUACUUCUAAACAAGAAGACAGCACAUUCAUUUGACCAAGUUUUAAAUGACAUCACAGAUGCUAUAAAGUUAGACUCUGGUGCAGUCAGAAGGCUCUACACACUUGAUGGAAAGCAGAUCAUUUGCCUGCAGGAUUUUUUUGGAGACGAUGAUGUCUUUGUUGCAUGUGGUCCAGAAAAGUACCGAUACGCCCAGGAUGACUUUUUGCUGGAUAGUAGUGAGUGUCGUGUGAUGAAAUCGUCCUACUCACGUUCUGGUAGUACUUCACGACAUUCCGGAUCAAAAAGUCCUGGGUUGUCUCGUCGAAGCAGAUCUCCUGCAUCAGUUAAAAGAGGAGGUUACCACACUGCAUAUUCUCCAGUCAAAUCCCCAGUGAAUGGAACACCAAGCAGUCAGCUGUCAACACCCAAAUCCACUAAAUCAUCUAGCUCUUCACCGACCAGUCCUGGCAGCUUAAGAGCUCACAAGCUACCACUCUCUAAGACAAGAUGCCCUUCAUCUCCUUUAUUCAAUCAUCAAAUAGGACCAUCCACCAAUGUAAAUGGAGUACCUCAACAAACCAAUGGCACCAGUCCAGAUGGUCUGAAUGGAAAUAGAUACUUACCAGUUUCAACUAUACUUGACAAAUAUAAAGUUGGGAAGGUGAUUGGAGAUGGGAACUUUGCAGUUGUUAAAGAAUGUGUAGAGCGGUCAAGUGGCAAGGAAUUUGCACUGAAAAUAAUUGAUAAGGCCAAAUGCAGUGGUAAGGAGCACUUAAUUGAAAAUGAGGUUGCAGUGCUGCGGAAGGUUAAACAUCCCAAUAUCAUCAUGUUGAUUGAAGAGAUGGAUACUCCAACAGAACUCUACUUGGUAAUGGAGUUAGUCAAGGGUGGAGACCUGUUUGAUGCAAUCACAUCAUCAACUAAGUACACAGAGCGAGAUGCCAGUGCGAUGAUGUACAACCUGGCUUCUGCUCUCAAAUAUCUCCACAGUCUCAACAUUGUACACAGAGACAUCAAGCCAGAAAACUUGCUGGUGUGUGAAUAUGCAGAUGGAACCAAGUCCUUGAAAUUGGGUGACUUUGGUCUGGCAACUGUGGUAGAUGGACCCCUGUACACAGUUUGUGGUACACCAACGUAUGUUGCUCCAGAGAUCAUUGCAGAGAGUGGGUAUGGCUUGAAGGUUGACAUAUGGGCAGCAGGUGUCAUAACAUACAUCCUCCUGUGUGGCUUCCCCCCAUUCCGCAGUGAGAACAAUGUGCAGGAGGACCUGUUUGACCAGAUUCUUGUUGGCCGCCUGGAGUUUCCAUCCCCUUACUGGGACAAUAUCACAGGCUCUGCUAAAGAAUUGAUUAGUCGAAUGCUGCAAGUGAAUAUUGAGUCACGCUACACAGCUGAGAAAGUUCUGACCCAUCCCUGGGUGGCUGAUGAUAUGGCACAAGAGCAAGACAUGCAGAUAGCAGUAACUGGCAAAUUGAAAAAGCACUUUAAUCCAGCAACAAAGCAGAGCAAUACUACUGCAGGCGUCAGUGUAAUUAUGUACACAGCUCUCGAUAAAGAAAGUCAGAUAUUCAGUGGUAAGCCCCAGCGAGAUAUUGAAGGAGUUGGUAUGGUGCAAACAUCUCAACCCUCUCCGGCUGAAGAUCCCUCCGUGUCCGAAUCCAUGACCUUAACCCCUUAUUCAACUGAGCCAGUUGUGGCCCCUGCACCUCCUGUCUGAGCAUGCUCUGCAGGCCUGGUACAGAUGCACUCAACAAGAUAAAUGUAUUGUGCUUUCUAGAAGCAUGGUAUCUAAAAAAACCUCUUUAAAGCAACCACGUUUUAAAGAGAGCCACAUUGAGUUAGUUUUAAACAAACUUGCUUGUAAAGUGUUGGUUUUGUGUCAAGAUGCUUUCUGCUACUCUCCUGUAACCUGUG